UUACUGCAAUUGAUUCAGUUACUAGCGCACCGGGUAGUAGUGGCGCAGAGGCCGGCGCCCGCUGCUCGCCACUGACUCGAAUUCGAUCACUAGCACUGGCCACUCGAUGGUAACUGCUUAACAUUCUGCAAUCUGUGUUGGUUCCCUGCCCCCAACUCGAGGAUGCUAGUACAAGGGCAUGGAAUUUGGAAAUGCAUAAUUCGUUAUUUGUUCAAAAGCGAAGUGCGCUGUUGAUCGCCAUGCUAGAAUUCUGGAUUUUCAUAUCCAGCAAAUCUCACGGUUAUUGUGUCUGGAACUAGUUCAAACUAUAGGAUGGGCCGUGCAGUGUCAGGAUGGCCAGCAAACCUUACUGGAUUCAAUUGCUAUACCUGGGAACUAGCGUGCUACAGAAAACCAGGUGUUCGUACUCCCAACAUAUGGAGAAAGUAGCAAAACUAAUGUUCCUCCUUUUGUUUUCCGAACAUACGCAUGAUGUUGUAUUGUUCUGAUGUCCUUGGAUGUUUCAGGAAAUAGUAGCAUCAUCACCGAUCCGUGUAUGUAAUGUAAAUGCGCAUUUAACAUUUCUAUUUCCAAGCUCAUUUGACAUAACGCAAGCAGCAUCAGAACAAAAGAAAUCUCCACAACAGCGUGGUAUUUUUGAAUUUUUGAGGGGAAAAAUACUGGGUGUCUUUCCUGACUACCAUAAGGAGGCUGAAGAUCAUUUAUCCAAAGCAUUUUCCAACUCAAUGGAAGGAACAACGCAUAGGAUUUUGAUGGUCUCCGACUUUUUCUUCCCAAACUUUGGUGGAGUGGAAAGCCAUAUCUACUACCUUUCACAAUGUCUGCUUAAGCUUGGCCAUAAGGUUGUUGUCAUGACACAUGCGUAUGGAAAUCGUUCUGGAGUACGAUAUGUCACAAAUGGUUUAAAGGUUUAUUAUGUACCAUGGAGGCCAUUCCUCAUGCAGAAUACACUACCUACAUUAUUUUUGACAUUGCCAAUUGUAAGGACAAUUAUAAUUCGAGAGAAGAUUUCCGUCGUGCAUGGACAUCAGGCCUUUUCAACCCUGUGUCAUGAAGCGUUGAUGCAUGCUAGAACAAUGGGGUACAAAGUUGUCUUCACAGAUCACUCACUUUAUGGUUUUGCUGAUGCUGGAAGCAUUCACAUGAAUAAGGUGCUGCAGUUUACUCUUGCAGAUAUUGAUCAGGCAAUAUGUGUCUCUCAUACAAGCAAAGAGAAUACUGUCUUGAGGUCUGGGAUAUCUCCGGAGAAGGUUUUCAUGGUUCCUAAUGCCGUUGAUACAGCAAUGUUUACUCCCUCACCCGAGCGCUUAAGUUGCGAUGAAAUAGUUAUUGUUGUGAUCAGUAGACUAGUAUAUCGAAAAGGUGCAGACCUUCUUGUGGAAGUCAUUCCAGAAGUGUGUCGUCUAUUUCCAAAGGUGCGCUUUAUUAUUGGGGGUGAUGGUCCUAAACGUGUGCGACUCGAAGAGAUGAGGGAGAAGUUCUCCCUUCAGGAUAGAGUUGAGAUGUUAGGAGCUGUGCCUCAUGCUCAGGUGCGGUCGGUUCUGAUAUCUGGUCAUAUAUUUUUAAACAGUUCACUUACAGAGGCAUUUUGCAUUGCCAUUCUGGAAGCAGCAAGCUGUGGACUAUUGACAGUAAGCACUAGAGUUGGAGGUGUCCCAGAGGUUCUUCCUGAUGACAUGAUAGUACUUGCAGAGCCUGCUCCAGAAGAUAUGGUAAGAGCUGUCAAGAAAGCUAUCGACAUGCUACCUGGCAUAGAUCCCCAAGUUAUGCAUCUUCGGAUGAAAAAACUUUAUAGUUGGGACGAUGUGGCCAAAAGAACGGAGAUUGUUUAUGAUCGUGCAAUGCAGUCAUCAACAACAAAUUUGCUAGACCGCCUUCCCCGAUAUCUUACCUGUGGAUCUUGGGCUGGGAAACUGUUUUGCAUAGUUAUGAUCAUCAAUUACCUACUAUGGCGCCUUCUAGAAUUCCUCCAGCCUGCUGAAGGUAUUGAAGAAGUCCCAGAUAUAGGUCCACUACAUGCUCAGUUGGAUUCAAGAGAUGAUUCAUGUGAAGCUCAAGAAAAGAGGAUCUAGAUUUUUGCCAGUUUUACAGACAGUUGGUUAGACUGUCAUGGUGUCUUCUCCACGUCAGCAUUCAUUGUGGGUUUCUGGUCCACGUACAGGGUAUAGUGGUAUACCUUUAUGAUUUAGGUCCUAACUCAGAAAUGUCUUUGGGAAGUUUCCAGCUCCUGUAGUGGUAACUGAAACUGAAAGACAGAGAGUCGACUGCCCCUCGUUUGGGUGGUUUCUUGUCAUGUUGGUUAAAGCUUUGGUCCGAGUCUCUGUCACUGCCGGCUCCACCCUUUAUUUAGAAGUUAGUGGAUGAUCCAUGUUCUUAUCUCUUGCUGAGCCGUGAUCAAUGCAUGAAGUGCUCACUGAAACAAGGGGUACUCACUCAUUUGCCAUCA